AUGGGGUUGCUCCAGGACAACAAGAGUCGCAACAAAAUCUCCAACGACCCAAACAAUACGAAAUGGAUGCGCGACACCACGACCUUUGGCCAAAAGAUUCUGCGCGCGCAAGGAUGGGAGCCGGGCCAGUUUCUCGGCGCCCAGGACGCGCCGCACGCAGCGCUGCACUCGGCCGCGAGCGCCUCGUACAUUCGCGUCGUGCUCAAGGACGACAUGAAGGGGUUAGGCUUUGACCGGGCCAAGGCCAACGAGGUGACGGGGCUGGACGUCUUCUCGGACGUGCUGAGCCGCCUCAACGGCAAGUCGGAUGCCGCGGUGCAAGAGGACAAGGACGCGCGUCUGGCGGUCAAGACGCAUCGCUAUGUCGAGAUGCGCUGGGGCCCGAUGCGCUUCGUGCGCGGCGGGCUGCUGGUUGGCGACAAGCUGCAGGAGGCGGAAGAGAGUGCGGAGAGCGAGUCGGCCGGGGAUCGAGGGGUGGAAGAGGCCAAGGCCAAGAAGGAGAAGAAGAGCAAGAAGCGCAAGGCUGAAGCCGAGGCCGAGGACGCCGACACCGAGGUAACAGAAGAGACGGAGAAGAAGCGCCGCCGCAAGGACGGCGAGGGGGACAAGGCAGACAAGAAGAAGCGCAGCAAGGACGAGAAGAAGGAAAAGAAAAAGUCGUCAAAACCCAAGGUCGAAUCCGACGACUCCGACGACACCGGAUCCGACGAAAAGGCCGCCAGGAAAAAGGCCAGAAAGGAAAGAAAAGCCAUGAAGAAGGAGAGGCGCGAGAAGAAGGAGGAGAAGAGGCGCCGCAAAGUCGCCAAGGCCGCCGCGGCUGGCAGCCCCGACAGCAGCGACUCUGAUUCCGACUCUGGCGCCACCGCCUCGGCCACGCCCGCGACGACAUCGGGGACGUCGACGCCCCUAGGCAACCGCAACUUUUCGCGGUCGCGCAUCAUUGCGCAGAAGCGGCGGGCGAUCAUGGACACCAAGGCCCUGGCCCAAAUCUUCAUGAUCAAGGCGUGA